AUGCAAGUGACUUAUCGAACUUUUUUAGAAUCAACAGUAACAGUAAGAUACGAGAACGCGAUAGUACCGGCUCGAGAUCGUUUUAAAAAAUCGUCUCAGAAAAUAAAAGAAUAUGCAAAAUAUGAAAAUGAUUCAAUACCGGAAUUAAAUCAUCGCUAUUUUAAUGCCUACAAAACAACUGAAAUUAUUGAUAGUGAAGAUUCUGAUAACAUUAUUAGAAGGAAAACUAAUCAUUCUACUAGCAACACAUUAAAAAGAGUUAAAAAUAAUAAAAAGAUUGAAAAACCAAAUAGUUCUAAUCCAUCUGUAAAUCGUUUACAAAUUGUUCAUAAUAUAGAUGGUUAUGAUAAUGUUUUUCACACGCAAAAUACAUUUGAUAUUAAAGAAAUUUCAGAAUUAAAAGCGAAUUCUAGUCAAACUACCAAAGAUAUAGAAAUUUUACACAAUAAUAGUAGUUUAAAUUAUGAUGAUAAUAAACCCAAUUAUAAAAUUUCUCAUCAAAACGAAUCUAUCAAAAAUAAUAAGGAUAAAGUUAAAACAACUACAAAAAGUAAUUACCAACUUAAUAAUCCAAACACUUCCGUUGCACUAGAAAAACAAUCUAGAUAUAAUGACGGCACCAAUAAUUUCAAUAUUGAUUUAUCAAUGGAUUUUUCACAAUCAAUAAAAUCAUCAGUAGAUUCUGCGCGCGAUUAUUGUGUACUUUUUGAUAGUGUAAUCGAUUGGUUGCGCACAACACGACAUGAUCAACAUAUUUAUUAUAAUUUUGAUUAUGAUGAUUCAAUGUUUAGCAUAAAAAAUAUUCCAUCUCGAACAAAUUAUGAUAGUUUUGGUUAUAAUUAUUUAACUGCAACAACUUCAGCAACAAUUACAACGACAACCAAUUCAGAUAAAUCAUAUAAAAAUCAACAUUUAGAUGAGAACAAUAAAGAAAUUGUAUCUGGCAAUUCUAAAUUUUAUAGAAGUACGAGUAAAAUUUCAGACAAACUACAUACAGAAAAUGAUAAUGCUAAACAAUGUUUAAGCCAACCACAAGUAAAUGAUUCCAUAACAAAUACUCCACAACAUAAUUUACACUCAAAUUUAAGUCAGGUUUAUUCACAUUGCGAUAAUUCUGAAACUUUGUCGCCAACCACAAAAAAUUUUUGUUUACCUUAUGAAUUCAGCAAUGAUUUGAAUAUAUCGAGAGAUAUAGAGUCAGUUCAUUUAUACUCAAGUACUGAACAACAGGUGAUAUGUACAACCGGUGGUAGCGUGAAUAAUAAUAAUAAUAAUAAUAAGAAUAAUAAACGAACCGUAAAUGUUAAUUCCCGUCAGGAAACGCGAAACCAAAUGAAAAAACAACAACAGAAUCAACAAUAUAAACAAUUAAAAUCAGAAGAGAAUCAUAAUAUAUUGCAUCAGAAGCAACAACAAAUAAUUUUGAAUGAGCCUAAAAAAAAUUCACAAUUACCAGAUACAAACACACAACAAGGUGAUAGUGAAAACACUACACAAACAACAGUAUUUAAUAAUUCUUUUAUUACUUGCUCUAGUAGUGGUAGUACAUGUAGUGGUUCGUCGACUACAUGUAGUAGUAGUAGUAGUAUUAGUGAAUUAAAUGACGAAUACACUCGACAUAUGCAACGUUCAAAACGUCGAGCAAUAUAUUUAAAACCUGAUGAUGAAACGGUUCAUCAGUUACAAUUAAACUAUCAUCGUGAUAAUAUAAAUUUUUCGGAUAAUUUAUUAUUACAACCAUAUCAAUCAAAUGAAUUAAAAAAUGAAAUCUCAAGCACAUUAGCUGAUACUAAUUUUAGUGUUUCAGAAAAUACUAAUAUAAAUAAUAGUAAUAACGUUAAUAGUACAAGUGACAAGUUUGAAAGUGACCUAACAAAUACAUCUGAAUCAAUUUUAAAAUAUCGUGAUCUUGAAUCUGAAGAAAGUGCGUUAUGUAAUAAUAGUAAUAACAGAAAUAUCUUUAGAGUUAAAUUCGAAUUUCAAUUAUGA